AUGAAACGCGACCCACAGCGUCCCGAGGAGUGCCCGAGCUGGCCCGAGGAGCCGGCACCCGCCUCCCUCCUUUCAUCAUCUUCUUCCCCCCCAGGACGGGGGGAGGGCGCGGAGCCGAAGCUGACGCCGCCGGUGUGGAUCUUCGGGUAUGGGUCGCUGGUGUGGAGGCCAGGCUUCGAGUUCACGUCGAGCAAGGUGGGCUUCAUCCGUGGCUACAGCCGCCGCUUCUGGCAGGGGGACACCUUCCACCGCGGCAGCGAGAGGAUGCCCGGCCGUGUGGUGACGCUGCUGGAGGACUGCGGGGCAUGCACAUGGGGUGUAGCCUAUGAAGUCCGUGGGGAACAAAUUGCUGCAUCACUUCAGUAUCUCAACAUGCGAGAAGGUGUCCUGGGAGGCUAUGACACCAAGCUGGUGAAGUUCCACCCUCAGGAGAAAGAUGGAGAGGAACCCAUCCUGGCUCUUGUUUACAUUGCCACACCCCAGAACCCAUCUUACCUCGGCCCAGCAUCUGAAGAGGACAUUGCUGCACAAAUCAUUGUCUCAAGUGGUUGUGCUGGUCAUAACAUUGAGUACUUGCUGAGACUGGCAGACUUCAUGCGCUACUUUUGCCCUCAAGCAGAGGAUAAACAUCUCUUCUCCAUUGAAGAGGCUCUUAUUUCCAUCCUUCCAUGCCUGUACUAUACAGAGGACUCUCUAGAAGAAACUGCAAGUGUCCCACAGAAAUCUAAGAGUUGAAAAAUU